UUGACGUUUGUUUUGUGGUGUGGUGUGGAGAAAAAUCAAGAUUCAAGAACAAGAAUGGCGACGCAAGUUACAGAAAAUUGAGAAUUUAAAUAGAUCGUAGAUUCGUAGAAUAAUAAAUUUAAUGCAAUUAAUCGGUAUUCAAUACAAAAAUGUGGCACGAGGCAAGGAAACAGGAGCGAUUGAUUCGCGGUAUGAUAGUUGAUUAUCGUCGAAGGGCUGAGCGGCGCAAAGACUUCUAUGAAAAAAUUAAAGCAGAACCGACGCAGUUUUUACAAUUUCACGGAAGAGAAUGCAAAAUCCAUUUGGACCCAGCUGUCGCAGCGGCUGGGGAGGGUCCAGCGAUCAUGAUGCCUUGGCAAGGCGACAAGAAAAAUAUGAUAGACAGGUUUGAUGUGCGGGCACAUUUAGACUUCAUACCUGAAGUGAAAACACCUGACAUUCCUCCGGAGGAGCUAUCACAAGAGGAGAGGCAGUGUAAUUAUGAGAGAUACAGAAUCUUGGCACAGAAUGCUUUCCUUGGAAUUAGUGAGGACAAGUUUCUUCAACAACUUGCAAUUGAAGAGCAAUUUGGUGUCACUGUGGAAGAGAAAGAGAUGCAAAAGGAGAAGUUAAGUGAAAAGAAAGGGACGGGUGCAGCUAUAGGAUACAAUUAUAAUGACCCCGGGGCCCAACCAUCCAGCUAUAACGGCCCAGAGAUCAAAAAGAAAGAGGUGGAAGCCAAGGAUUCUGACGAUGAUUCAGAUUUGGACAUCAUUGAUGUUGAUCUAAGUAUUGAUGUCAACAAAAUGGAGGCUUCACAGGCCCACGAGUUGAACGCGGUGGGGCCACAGUUUGGCAUGGCGGGCUGCGACCUGUUCUCGUUUCUGACGGGCGACGCCGACGACGCGGAGCAUCAGAAGCAGUUGCUGCGCGAAGAGAAGGAGAAGGCAAUGUUCUCCGGCCGGAAGAGUAGAAGAGAGCGUCGCGCUCAUCGUGACAAGAAGCUAGCAACGCGCGUGGUGAGCCCGCCGAGCUACGCAGCGCCGUCGUCGCUGCCUGCCGCUAGUCGGUCCCCCAGCCGCUCCCCCACCCGAAGCCCUUCGCCCGACCACAGCGCGAUACAGUUCAUCACCUCCUUCGGGCCCGACGACGAGGACAGGCCGGCACCACCACCAAAGCCUUUGUAUGCAGAUAAACUGAAGCAAAAUUUGAGAAAGCCUGAUAUGCUAUAUUCAGAAGUUGUUAGGCAAACAAGACCUAGGUCAAAAUCGAUCGACCUGGUACGCCCUCAAAUCGGCCCCCGCGGUCCCAACUCAGUGUCCCGAUCGCGAUCCCGAUCCCGAUCUCGGUCGAGGUCAAGGUCGAAGUCUCGAUCGUACUCCCGCUCGAGGUCGAGGUCGCGUUCCAGAUCGUCGAGGUCGCGCUCCAAAUCCUUUGCGCCGUACAGAAGGACGAGGUCGAGGUCGAGGUCAAGGUCGAGGCCUCGGAACUACAGGAGGCGCUCUAGAAGCCUUUCUAAUCAUGCUAGUGGCUAUGCGAAUCGUAAUAGAUCCAGGUCAAUUUCAUAUGAAAGCCACGAGAAGAGUUCGGUUCAGAAGAAGGCGGUGCCGCGGUACUACGGCCGACGCAAGGAGGACAAGUCGUCCAGCGAACUGUCUUUAGACUCCGAUUCCAGCGGAUCACCCGACGACGAAAAAAAUAAGUCAGCGGUGGGCAAUAAGUCAAACACAAACCAGAAUCAGUUACGAUUGUCUGGAUCCAGCGCCAAAGGUCCUUCGCGAGAGACGUUAUCAAUGAAAGAAAAGUUGAAAAGAAAAAUGCAGGCACAGCUUUCGAAACAAUUGCGCGCAGACAAGCGGGCUGAGGCGGAGCGCUUGGAGCGAGAGUCCCGCAAGCAGGCGCGACGCGACGAGGAGAUGCGCGAGCUGGCCAUCAAGCUGCGCCGCAAACAACGUGAAAUGAGACACAACUGGCGCUCUAGCGACGAAGAUUCAGACAGAAGUCGCAGUGGCUCUUCUUCGAGGCAAUCUCCAAGUUCGGAAAAGAAGAGAGAUGCCCGCAGCCGGUCAAACAGUCGGCCGCCGCAGGCAAAGCCCAUACCCGUUUGGGAAGCCGACGAGGAACGUUCACCACCAUACAAACCUAAAGCACCAGAAAUUGGAUCCAACCCAUAUUUAAGCAAAAAGCGUAUACCUGAGAUCGAUGGUAGAGAACAGACUCAGUACAGAGAGGAGAAAUACCCAAAUCGGGAACUAGGAAGACCUGGUGACACGUUCAAACAGGAAGGGUACGAGCGUGCCAAUAAAUUUGAUCAAGAUAGGCAACUAACAAAUGUAAGGAGACAAUUUGUCCAAAGAGGGGGUUAUAGGAAUCAAAACGUUAGAAAUACCGAACAAAACUAUGAUACAUCAAGCAGAUAUCGGGAUUCUGAAUACGGCGAUGGACCUUCAAACCGUUACAGGGAGAGCAAAAAUUAUGGCGACGGCCCUUCUGGCCGCUAUCGUGAUUCGGAACAAAAUUAUGGUGACGGCCUUUCUGGGCGUUAUCGUGAUACGGAACAAAAUUAUGGUGACGGCCCGUCUGGGCGUUAUCGAGAUUCACAACAGAAUUAUGGCGAUGGCCCCUCUGGGCGUUAUCGUGAUUCUGAACCGAAUUAUGGCGAUGGCUUUUCUGGACGCUAUCGUGAUUCUGGACAGUAUUAUAGCGAAGGCACCACUUCAGGGCGAUACCGUGAUAGUGGACCGAAUUAUGGCGAAGGUCCUUCGAACAGGUAUCGACACGAGCAAGACAGAGAUUCCAAUAAUUACAGAAACAAAGUAAAACUCGUAGACUAUUAAAAUAAAUAGAUAAACGCCAAAUUUGUAUGUAGCCCAUUCAAAAGUUACAUUUAACCUUGGAAAAUUAUGUGGCAGAUUUUUUUAUGUUUCAUCAAAUCCAAGAUUUUGUGGUCGUAACCCCUAAGCAGCCAUUUUGAAAAAGGGUACACAUCGUAUAUUGGUCAAAAUAUAUGGAAAUUAACGUGAGACUUCCUGACUUAAAGAAUUACCCUGGACUUUGACCUGGCAUUACUCCCACAUGGUCCAGGAGGGUUGAGGAGCUAAGUUGGGAGGGGGUUAUAAUGCAUCUAAGACAGGAAGUUCCGUGAUCUUGAUUUCUCCAUUCUUACUCGAUUCUCUUUGUAUCUUCAAAAGUCUUUUCUAUGAAUAAUUCGUUCAUUUCAAAUACGUUGCUGUAGAUUUCGCCCAAACAGUUUUGGAAAUUUCCGGCACGGUUUUCGGUGUAGAACUUUUUUUGUUUUAUGACAAAAAGUUAUAGAACCCAAAUUUUAGGGAGUUGAAUUUCCUACAAAAAAUGUCUUGUUCCCCGAAUUGUAUAUUUUGAUUUUUAAAGCGAAAAAACAGGUUAGGAUCCCGAAAACUGAUUUAAGCAUGAUGAAACAAAAAAAGCACAACAGGCACCGAGGUAAGAAAAAUGUAGCCAGGACAUAGAUAUAUUAAAUGGAGUAGAAUCAAAGACUCUAGUUUACAAUAACAAGGGUCGCAUUAUUGUAGGUAUUGCCAUAUUUUCCACUUGUGGGAAUCGAACCCACGGGCUUCGGUGCAGAAGGUAGGGUCACCACUCUGAUCUACUUGGUCAGGCCUGGCGCACUCCGUGGUCGCGGUGCCCUGGAGGGAAAUUAAACAGGCGAGUGUCGCCGCUCGGAUCGGACGUUUUUUUUGACACGCUGCGCGACGUGCCUCGCCCGUUUGUUAUCGUUCGUCGUUCGUAAUAUUAUUAACAAUAAAUAAUAUUGCAUUUGGCUGUCUAAAUAAUAAUAAGGAUCGGAGACUCGCGUUUUUCAAACUUCCAAAGGAUGUAGGAAGGUAAUGAAAAAAAAAAAUUAAGUAGGGCUUUUUCUAUUGAUUGUAAUUUUUUACUCCCACAUGUCAAAAGGGCCUACUUACAUACAAUUUAAAGUGGGGUUUAUCUUGGGGGUUCAUUUAAAUCUAGUUUUAUUAUUGUACGCAUUUUUUUUUUACAAACCGGGUCAUAUUGUACCCUGUGCAGUGUCCUUUCUGCCCUCAGACCAACUAUAGAAGGACCAGUAUCGCACACAAAUUCAAGAACAAAAUUCUCUGUCAUUUUCUGAGGAAAAAAAAACGAGCUUUGAUUUGGUAUAAAUAUACUAAACUAGAAGUUUUUGACGGUUUUUUACACCAUUCAACUACGCAAAAAGGUAUUUUUACGGAGCUCUUUAACCGACGAACACAAUUGCAACUAUGAAACGUCGAUUCUUUAUAGACAGGUUUUAUAAUCGCAUUAGAUCGUUGAUCAUAUACCGACUUUGACAGAAAAGUAACGUCAGUACAAUGGUUGAUCUGAGUUUCUGCCGCAUAAUUUUCCGAGGUUCAGCUAAAAAUGAAUGAUGCUGAUGAUGUUGAAUGGUUUAUAGUAAGUGUAAUGAAAUAAUGAUGAAUUAAUAAAACAUAUUACAAAUUACAAUAUGCAUAUGCAAAGUUUUAUUUUAUCUUCUAUUUACAAAAAAUAUUAGCUGCCAUUUUAUCAAAUAUAAGGCAAAUUUCUUAUAAACUAGACGUUUCUAAUUUCUAUUACUUUGUUUAUUAUUUAAAAAAUAAAUACAUUUUCAUUUGAA